GCAGGCAACUCGAGAGCCCGCCCGCAGCAGUCGCUGCUCCGCACGCCGUCAGGCCGCCCAGCGACCCUCCCUCACUUCGCCCCUUCUCCGUCGCCGGCUUCUGCCAGGCCUACGCGCCCCGGGGAUGGCCGUGCUGGCUCUGGCCCUGGAGGGACUCGCCAUCUUCGGGCUCAUCCUCUUCGUCGUGCUGUGGCUUAUGCACUUCAUGUCCAUCAUAUACACACGCCUCCACCUCAAUAAGAAAGCUACAGACAAACAGCCAUAUAGCAAGCUUCCUGGUGUGUCACUUCUAAAGCCGUUAAAAGGUGUGGAUCCUAACCUGAUCAACAACUUAGAAACCUUCUUUGAGCUGGAUUAUCCAAAAUAUGAAGUACUGCUCUGUGUACAAGAUCAUGAUGAUCCAGCUAUUGAUGUGUGCAAAAAGCUCCUUGGCAAAUACCCGAAUGUUGAUGCUAGACUGUUCAUAGGUGGCAAGAAGGUUGGCAUCAACCCCAAGAUUAACAACUUAAUGCCUGGCUAUGAAGUUGCCAAAUACGAUCUCAUAUGGAUUUGUGAUAGUGGAAUCAGAGUAACACCAGACACACUGACAGAUAUGGCCAAUCAAAUGACUGAAAAAGUAGGCUUGGUCCAUGGGCUUCCCUAUGUUGCAGACAGACAGGGCUUUGCUGCUACUCUUGAACAGGUUUAUUUUGGAACUUCACAUCCAAGGUCAUAUAUUUCAGCCAACUUAACUGGCUUUAAGUGUGUAACAGGAAUGUCAUGCUUGAUGAGGAAGGAUGUCUUGGACCAAGCUGGAGGACUGAUAGCUUUUGCACAAUAUAUUGCUGAAGAUUACUUUAUGGCCAAAGCCAUAGCUGACCGGGGCUGGAAGUUUGCAAUGGCCACACAAGUUGCAAUGCAGAACUCUGGUUCAUAUUCUAUUUCUCAGUUUCAGUCCAGAAUGAUCAGGUGGGCCAAGCUGCGAAUUAAUAUGUUGCCUGCCACAAUAAUUUGUGAGCCGAUCUCGGAGUGCUUCGUGGCCAGUCUAGUUAUUGGAUGGGCAGCUCAUCAUGUGUUUAAGUGGGAUAUAAUGGUAUUUUUCAUGUGUCACUGCUUGGCAUGGUUUAUAUUUGACUACAUUCAACUAAGAGGUGUUCAGGGUGGUGCCCUGUGCUUUUCAAAACUUGAUUAUGCAGUAGCUUGGUUCAUCAGAGAAUCUAUGACUAUAUAUAUUUUCCUAUCUGCUUUGUGGGACCCCACUAUUAGCUGGAGGACAGGACGCUACAGAUUACGUUGUGGAGGCACUGCGGAAGAGAUCCUUGACGUAUAGCCACAACUCAACUGAAUGUCAAAAAGAGAAAGGGGUGGGUGGGGAGAUAAAAAGUAUUAUAAAUUGUUUAUAUAAAUACUUUAAAGAAAAUCUACCUUCAGUAGUUUUAUUACUUGUUUGUUUUGGUAUCUGUUCUUUAAUUUAUUUUUGCAUGGCACUUGCAUCUGUGAAAAUACAUCUGUAGUCUUGGCCAAAUGAUACCCUGCUCCUGUGUACAAACAGAGAUGGAGAGAGUUGGUCCUUUCAUCUACUUUCUCUAGGAAUGCUCUGCAGUCAACUCUUUAAAAAAACCUGACAAAGUAUCCUCCUGGAUAUAACCAGCUUCUUACUCCAUGGUGUGCUAGCCUAGCAAAUCUGGGGUUCAUAUAGCUAAUUUCCAGCUGCAUUCAGCAAAACUGUACCCGGUGCAGUGACAGAAGUGCAGCUGGUAUGUGUUUUUAUCCCACUAAAUUAAGCUAGUAAACAGGACCUUGGGAAAGAAGCUCUUAAAUGCUUUAUGCCUACCUCUUGUAGUUGCUGCAGAACAAAACAAAGGGAAAGGUAAAAACGUUUUCAAAAACAAACUGAAGCUGGAGUCUUGUGUUUGUAUGUAUAUAUGAUAUACUUUAGUCAUUGGCAAUGAACCAAAAGUGGACUGAGUUUGACAGUGAGUUGACAGCAGUUGCUGGUCAGGUGUGUAUUGUGGGCAUCUUUUGGCCAACUCUGAUCUGGUUCUGUCUUGAACCUUGUUAAGCACUGUGCUGUAACUAGCCAAGCUGGUCCCCUUCAAUAUUUCCAUCCUUUUUUAAGGGGUGUUUGUUUGGUUUUGGUUUUGUUUG